AUGGGUGGCAAAAAUGUUUGCGUCGCAGAAUACUGGAUCAUGAGCAUCUAUUUCCCCGUGGGAAUCGCUCUUUUCCAGGCAAACAGCAUGCAGCUCCUGAACGUCUUUGGUGUUCAGGAGAAGCUGCUUUUGACAGCGCAGCAACCGCACAGACCCCACUUUAUCGAUCCUGCAGAAUCGUCUAGUCAGUACUUGACUCGAUGGAGACAGCUCAACAUCGUACAACGAACCGGAUUGGGCAUUGUUGUUGGGAUUUUUGUUCAACUAUUGCUAUCACUUUCUAUCUUCCUCGCCUCCCGCAAAUUUCAUACCUUUGGCACCUUCUCCGAACAUGUGAGCGCCGAGGAAUGCCGGCGAGGCCCUGAAUGGAUUCCUUCAAUUCUCUGGCAAUUGCUCUGGUCUUGGGUAUUCGCGCCAUACAUUCUGUGGAAGAUUCGUAAAAUUCAUGAUAUCCAUCACUGGGGGCUUCAGAUCACUUGCUGUCUUAUCGCCGGUUUACCAGGUUCGCCUAUGUGGCUCGCCGCGCUAUAUUCGACAACCAAUGUCUGGGCAGCUAUCAAUAGAUACUGGGUGCCAUCCCUUUGGUUUGCUCCCGGUAUCAUGACAAUGGAAGCUGUUACUAUCUUCUUUCCAUGUUAUGAGCUUAUCGUAUCCAAAAGACAAAGGGAUCGUUUUCUGGAGAAACUCCAAGCAUGGAAUGAAAAGAAAGCAACCAGCGGGGAAAAAUUGAACUCGCUAUCAUCACGAACUCCAAGCGAAGCCAGCCGCGUGCCUGAAGUUUAUUCCCGAGGAGCUCUAGAGAAGUGCUUGGAAGAAGACUCCGGUGCACUGCUCCAAUUUGCCGCGGCCAAGGAAUUCAGCGGCGAGAACGUCAUCUUCCUGAAUUACGUGCGCGACUGGAAAGCUGCAUGGGCGAACAUCGGUGAAUCGGAACCGGAAUACGACUGGAACUGCGAUCCUGAGUAUCAUCGACUUCAUUUCUUCAAGAUCGCAGUUGAGAUUUACGCAGCCUACAUCGACAUGAACUUGGCAGAAUAUCCUAUCAAUAUUGAAUCUCAAAUUUACUCAGACCUACGGGAAUUAUUUGGUGAAGCUUCCCACAUUAUCGGCCAAUCUGUGUUAAGCAUAGCUGGAACACGCGCCAACGGGAAUCUUCCAGAAUCUUACAACGGGAUGCCAACGUACAGAAAGAAGUUGUCCACUGUGGUAACCGUGGAGGAAGACACUCAUGCUCUGUGCUCAGAUGCGCAUUUUCACGAGGGCCAGAGUAUCAUGCAUGUUGAGUCCCGUGUGCCAAAUUCUGUUAUCAUUCCUGCGAAUUUCACAGCCGAUGCUUUUGAGCAGGCUGAGAAGUCUAUCAAGAAUCUGAAAGAGGCAGCGGAGAUCUUCAAAUUACUGAAUGAGAACGAGAACUGUGAUGGAAAUCAAUGGAUCGUUGUUCUCGGCCUCUCGCAAAGAGCCAUCGAAAUUCUCGACGGCGAGCGUCGUGAUAUUCUUGGGGGCACUUCAUUCCGAUUCCAAUUGGAAGGAAGCACUGGACUUGUCAAGAUAGUCCCAUCAAGCACCCACCCUAUGAUCAUAAAUGAGUGCUUGACAUUGAUCGAUGAAAAGCUCGAUUCAAUGGGAAUUCCAUGGGCUGGUUGGGGUUGGACUGAAAGGGCCACAUACAUGCUCGAGGGUAAUGAUACUAAAGGCAAGCAGCCCGAUCAAGCCUUCAUACCACCAUCUCGCCGCGUUGCCCGGAUGGGACUCUCAGAGCGGUGGCCGACCCUAGUGAUUGAGACUGGUGUAUCGAAGUCACUUCCUCGCCUACGCCUCAAUGCGAGGGAUUGGUUUGCUAGUUCAAACGGAGAGGUCCGUAUUGUUCUAUUGGUUGGUAUCACAAAUUCCGAAAUCCUCUUUGAGAAAUGGCAACUAGCUCCUAUCUCCGAACCACGUCCUCUGACACAGGAAUCGAUCGAUACGCUACGCCAACAAGACCCCAAGAUGCCCCCUCUCAUUGGGCAGCCAGCAUCCGGUCAACAAGCCUACUGUGCACAGGAAGUGUAUUUGAAGCUGAAUGAGGUGGUUGGCAAUCCCUUGGUCCUCCCGUUUCAUGCAGUAUGUGACCGAGCCCCUCGAGAAGGAGAAAGCAAUAUCGUAAUUGAAAGGAGUGAUUUUGAACAGAUCACAAAGUGGAUAUUUGAAUAA